AUGCCCAUGCUGAAUCCGGGUCCGCCCACCCAGCAGGUCGUACUUGGGCAACAACACUACUCGUCUGCCUACGCCGCCGUCAACGAUCCCUUCAACACCUAUCUCGCCGCGAGCACAAAGAGCGAGUAUCCGCUAUGCGGUAACGCAGAAGGCUGGGGUCCCCUGAGCCCUUAUCGAUAUGACUUCACGCCGUGUUUCCUGGACGCAACAUGGAUGCUGAUUGUUGCUGCGUGGGGCGUGAUUGCGGGAGCGCUGGCGAUAGUAUGGAUACUCAGAAAGACGUCGCCUCAGCCAGUAGGCAAGGAUUGGCAUUUCUACGCGAAGCUGAGCGUCAUCACGGCACUGUUGGUCGCUACGGCCGUUCAGGCUGGGUUUCAGAUUGAACAGUUGGGCGGUCAGGUUUGGUUUCGGGACAUACGAUUUUGGACGACAGUAGCGAGCUUUCUCAGCUUAUGCGUGGUUGGAGCCAUUCAGUACCUGGAGCAUUGGCGCCUACGAUAUCCUCAUGGCGUGGCAUUGACAUUCUGGCUGUUUUUCAUCAUUUCUUCGGCGGUGAAGCUUCGUUCUCUGGUUUCGCAGGAAGUCUUCCGGAUCAACGUUGGAUACUUCGCAGCGUUCACUGCUGGACUGGGAUUCGCGGUCAUCGAACUCGUACUGGAAUGGCUAGUGCCGAAGAAGGUCUCGGCGUACGAAGCGCUCGGGGAUUCGGAUGAAUGUCCACUUGAGUAUGCUACACUAUUCUCAACUCUUACCUUCAGCUGGAUGACUCCGAUGAUGAAAUACGGGCACAAAGAGUACUUGACGCAGGAUGAUCUCUGGAAUUUGAGGAAGACGGAUUCAACCCGCGCUUGCACGGCUUCUUUCGAGGAGAACUGGGGCGCGGAAAUGGAAAAGAAGAAACCGAGCUUGUGGAGGGCACUGUUCGUAUCAUACGGCGCUCCGUACCUUUGGGGAGCGGUGAUCAAGACUGGCGCGGAUUGCCUGGCUUUCGUGCAGCCGCAGCUUCUCCGAUUCCUCAUCUCGUUUGUCGAUUCAUAUAGGCCUGGCAAUGAACCGCAACCUCCGAUCAAAGGUGCAGCCAUUGCGCUUGCCAUGUUUGUUGUUUCUGUGUCGCAGACGGCGUGUCUGCACCAGUACUUCCAGAGGGCUUUCGAGACCGGCAUGCGCGUCAAGGCAGGAUUGACUGCUUCGAUCUUCGCCAAGUCAAUGAAGCUCAGCAACGAAGGCCGAGCGACGAAGAGCACUGGCGACAUUGUCAAUUAUAUGGCCGUGGACACGCAGCGAUUGCAGGAUUUGGCUCAGUUUGGUCAGCAGCUUUGGUCCGCUCCGCUUCAAAUCACCCUGUGCAUGAUCAGUCUUUACCAGUUGGUCGGCUACAGCAUGUUUGCCGGUGUUGGUGUUAUGGUUCUGAUGAUUCCGAUCAACGGCUUUAUCGCGAAGAUCAGUAAGACUCUGCAGAAGCGCCAGAUGACCAACAAGGACGCGCGCACUCGGUUGAUGACCGAGAUUCUGAACUCGAUGAAGUCGAUCAAGCUUUAUGCCUGGACUACGGCCUUCAUGAAUCGGCUGAACGAGAUUCGAAAUGAUAGAGAGCUAUCCACCCUUCGCAAGAUUGGUGGUGUUUCGGCCGUCAGCACAUUCGCCUGGAAUACAACGCCGUUCCUGGUCUCCUGCAGCACUUUUGCGGUCUUCGUAGCAACUACUGACAAGCCCCUGUCAACGGAAAUUGUAUUCCCUGCUUUGACGCUAUUCAACCUACUCGGAUUCCCGCUCGCUGUUCUACCAAUGGUCAUCACCUCGAUCAUUGAAGCCACUGUUGCUGUGGACCGUCUAUCGUCAUAUCUUAAUGCUCCCGAGCUGCAGCCAGACGCUGUGCUGCAGGGCGAUCCAGUGGGACCCGGCGAGGAGUCCGUACGGAUACGCGACGCCUCUUUCACGUGGAACAAGGACGACUCUCGCAAUGUCUUGCACGACAUUACCUUCUCUGCGCACAAGGGUGAGCUCUCUUGCAUCGUGGGCCGAGUCGGUUCUGGCAAGUCCAGCUUGCUUCAAACCCUACUUGGCGACUUGUACAAGCUUCGAGGUGAGGUGGUUGUCCGUGGCGCUACUGCCUAUGUCGCUCAAUCGCCGUGGGUGAUGAAUGCGUCAGUGAGAGACAACAUCCUCUUCAGCCACCGUUGGGAUCCCGAGUUCUAUGACCGUACAAUCAAAGCCUGCGCUCUGACGGAAGACUUUGCGAGCUUGCCAGACGGAGACAAGACGGAGGUCGGAGAGCGCGGUAUCUCGUUGAGUGGUGGUCAAAAGGCUCGACUUACUCUCGCUCGAGCAGUGUAUGCAAGAGCGGACAUCUACAUUCUCGACGACAUUCUGUCGGCAGUAGACCAGCAUGUUGGGAGACACAUCAUUGAUAAUGUCCUUGGUCCCAAGGGGCUGCUUGCCGGAAAGACUCGUAUCUUGGCCACGAACUCCAUUCCCGUCUUAUUGGAGGCUCACUUUGUCGUUCUACUUCGAGAGGGAUGUAUUGUUGAACGUGGAACAUACGAGCAACUCAUGGCUAUGAGGGGCGACAUCGCCAACCUCAUCAAGUCAUCGACCAGCGAAGAAACUCCGUCAGAAGAAGAGAGCAAAAUCAGCAGUCCUUACUCUGCGUAUUCCGAGAAUACUGUGUUUGUGCCGGAGGCUCCAGAGGAUCCUGACGAGGCAGAAGAGGCGGAAGACGGUCUGCCGCAAAUGCAGCCCAUCAACACCGCUGCUCGUGGUCAACCGCUACGCAGGACAAGUAAUAUGACGCUGCGCCGAGCUUCAACAACCUCUUUCCGUGGCCCGAAGGGCAGGCUUCACGACGAGGAGAACUUGAAAUCGAAGCAAACAAAGGAAUUCUCCGAACAAGGAAAGGUGAAAUGGGACGUGUACAAGGAGUAUGCUAGUAACAGCAAUAUUUGGGCUGUCACAGUAUAUCUGACUACUCUGGUGGGCGCGAAGACACUCGAAAUUGGUAAGUUUUUCCAAGCACUUCGCUCAUGUGCUCAUUGCGCCGAGCUUCUCCACGCCCGAAGAUUUCGGCACACUAACGCCCGUCCGUACAGGGGGUAGCGUCUGGCUCAAGCAGUGGUCCGAAGUCAACGACAUUGCGGGGAGAAACCCGGAUGUUGCACGGUAUAUUCUGAUCUAUGGUGCCUUCGGCAUUGGUUCUGCUGCCCUCGUGGUGGUGCAAACCGUAAGUCAAAUCCGCUGUCCGCCAAAGUAGACACCGCUGACCAGCUUCGCAGUUGAUCCUCUGGAUCUUCUGUUCGAUAGAGGUAAGCUGUCCCACGUAUCACUGCUUCGUUCAGCUGCAGGACCUAUCCGGCUCCUGAGCGCGUGGAUGCACCGGCGACACGGCCCGGGCAGUGCUAAUGCGAGAGUCUGCAGGCUUCGAGGCGCCUUCACGAAUCCAUGGCCUAUGCAAUCUUCCGCUCUCCAAUGAGCUUCUUCGAAACUACUCCUACCGGCCGUAUCUUGAACCGUUUCAGCAGGUAUGUCCACAUAUCCAUCUGCCCGACGACCAUGUCUAAAACGUUGAAAUGUGCAUGCUAACCCCGACGUAGUGACAUCUACAGGGUCGAUGAGGUUCUCGCGUACGUACUUCCGAAGCUAAUGUGUGCCGCUGUGUACAAUCGGGCGCUGACAACCCUACUAGCCGCACCUUCAACAUGCUGUUCGUCAAUGCUACCAAGGGUGAGUAGAUCACGCGACCAUGAUUCGUUGGCUCAACGGGAGGGUCGUAGCUAACUGCGGCUACAGCGCUUUUCACGCUUGUGGUCGUGUCGGUAUCCACUCCGGCCUUCGUCGCGCUAAUUCUUCCUCUUGGCGCCCUCUAUCUGUGGAUCCAGCGUUACUACCUCAGGACGUCGCGAGAGCUGAAACGUUUGGACAGUAUCAGCCGCAGCCCGAUCUACGCCCACUUCCAGGAGUCCUUGAACGGCAUCUCUACCAUUCGAGCCUACAGACAAUCUAGGAGAUUCUGUAUGGAGAAUGAGUGGCGUGUCGACGCGAACCUACGGGCAUACUUCCCCAGCAUCAGUGCCAAUCGAUGGCUUGCAGUCCGGUUGGAGUUCAUUGGGUCAGUCGUAAUUCUGGCUGCAGCUGGCUUCUCGAUCAUCUCCGUAACGGUGGGGAGUGGACUUUCUGCGGGUCUCAUCGGCUUGGCGAUGUCAUACGCUCUCCAGAUCACUCAAUCGCUGAACUGGAUCGUGAGACAGACUGUAGAGGUUGAAACGAACAUUGUAUCUGUGGAGCGUGUGCUGGAAUACGCACGGUUACCGCCAGAGGCUCCCGAGGUCAUCUCGAAGAACCGACCGCCGAACAGCUGGCCAUCGCGAGGCGCAGUGUCCUUCAAUAACUACAGUACGAGGUAUAGGCCUGGCUUAGACCUCGUGCUGAAGAACAUCAACAUCAGCAUCAAGUCUCACGAGAAGAUUGGUGUUGUUGGACGGACAGGCGCCGGAAAGUCGUCAUUGACUCUAGCGCUGUUCCGCAUCAUCGAGCCCGUGGAAGGAGACGUGACCAUUGACUCGAUCAAUACUAGCACCAUUGGUCUGCUUGAUCUCCGAAGUCGUCUCGCCAUCAUCCCGCAGGAUGCCGCCUUGUUUGAAGGUAGCGUUCGAGAUAACCUUGACCCCGGCCGCAUCCACGACGACACGGAACUGUGGAGUGUCCUCGAUCAUGCUCGGCUUCGCGAUCAUGUGGCUUCGAUGAAUGGCCAACUUGAUGCGCGGAUUCAUGAAGGUAUGUACCUGCGCCUUUGUUGCAGGAAAUUUCCUUCGCGGAGGCUAACGUGCUAUCUAGGCGGCUCCAACCUCAGCCAAGGACAGCGACAAUUGGUCUCAUUAGCUCGCGCCCUGCUCACUCCCAGCAAUAUCCUUGUUCUGGAUGAGGCUACGGCUGCAGUGGACGUUGAGACGGACGCCAUGUUGCAGACGACGCUGCGCAGCAACAUGUUCAAGGAUCGCACUAUCAUCACGAGUAAGUCAAAACCAAGCCCGCUUGCUCUUCUGAUUCGACCAAGCCUUGCUGACUUACCACGCAGUCGCGCAUCGCAUCAACACCAUUCUGGACAGCGACCGAAUCGUCGUACUGGACCAUGGUACGGUGAAGGAAUUCGAUACUCCUGCGAACCUGGUCAAGAGUAAGGGACUCUUCUAUGAACUCGUACGGGAAGCCGGGCUCUUGGCCCAGAUUGACAGUGCGGGAAGUGUGCAAUAG